AUGAAAUGGAGUACUUUGCAACAAUAUGGAGAUUUGGCAGAAGACUACAUCAAGGAGUUUGAUAGGCUUGCUAUUGUGUGUGAGGUUACGGAAAAUGAAGAACUCAAAAUGGGGCGUUUUGUGGCUGGUUUUGACCAAGAGUUACAAGACAAGCUUGAAGGUUACACCAAUCUUACCUUUGUAGAAGCUUGUAAACUUGCGGUCAAAUUUGAUUCGAAAAGGACGAAAAAGAAGCCAAUUUCCACUCCUCAUGUGGCACGAAAACCACCUUUCCUUACAAAGGAUGGUUCUUCCGUUAUCAAAACCAACGACCCACCCAAGAAAGACAAGAAAGAUUUCAAGCUAAGUGACAUUAUGUGUUACAAAUGUGGAGGAAGAGGUCAUUUCAAGAAGGAUUGUCCUAAUUCUAGAGCUUUGACCAUGCAAGAGGUGAAGCUUAUUGCCAAUCAAAACAUCAAUUGGGAGGACUUCGAGAUAGAAGAAGAGGAGGACGUGAAUCCUCAUGAAGAAGACGCGGAAGAGGAGCAUUGUUUUCCUGAGAUGGAGGACAAAACCAAUCUGGUGGUUAGGAGGGCAUUGCAAGCUCACAUUGAGGAGCCAUUAGCACCACAAAGGCAGCAUGUUUUCAUCACCAAAUGCAAAAUCAAAGGCGAGGUAUGUGAUUUAAUUGUUGAUGGGGGUAGUGAGGCAAAUAUUGUGUCAAACGCUUUGGUGACUAGACUUGGCCUCACGACCACAAACCACCCACAUCCUUACAAGUUAAGUUGGUUAGAUUCAAAUUCUAGCACGGGGAUUAGAAAGCAAUGCAUGGUUAGUUUUUCCAUUGGGUCUUAUCAUGAUACUCAAUUGUGUGAUGUUGUUUCCAUGGAUGCUUGUCAUAUUUUACUUGGUAGACCUUGGCAAAGUGAUAGAAAAUCACAUCAUGAUGGGUAUCAUAACACUUACACUAUAACUCACCAAGGAAAACAAAAAAAGUUACAUCCUUUACCACCCCCACGAGUUUCACAAACUCCAAUUAAACAACCUAAAGAUGUGUCAUUACUUACCCUUAAGGAAUUUGAAAGGGAGAUAAGUUACCCAUUGGUUUACCAGCCGAGGGGAAUUGAGCACCAAAUUGACCUUAUUCUAGGCGCUCCUUUGACAAAUAAACCCGCCUAUAGGUAUAAUCCUUUGGAAACUAAGGAAUUGCAACGCCAAAUAGAUGAGUUGAUGAGUAUGGGAUAUGUGCGUGAGUCUAUGAGUUCGUGUGUUGUUCCUGCUCUUUUGGUCCCUAAAAAAGAUGGUAGUUGGCGUAUGUGUAUUGAUAGUAGGGCUGUUAAUAAUAUUAAUAUCAAGUAUAGGUUUCCAAUUCCAAGGCUUGAUGACAUGCUUGAUGAAUUGAGUGGUUCACAUGUGUUUUCCAAAGUUGAUUUGAGAAGUGGCUACCACCAUAUUCGAAUGAGAGAAGGGGAUGAAUGGAAGACAGCUUUCAAAAUGAAGCAUGGGUUGUACGAGUGGCUCAUGAUGCCAUUUGGGCUUAAUAACGCACCUAGCACUUUCAUGAGAUUGAUGAACGAGGUGUUGAGGCCUUUCCUUGGCGAAUUCGUGGUGGUGUACCUUGAUGACAUCCUUAUUUACAAUCGAGAUAGGGAUGAGCAUUUGAAGCAUUUACUUUAA